CCAUAGGUUAAAAAGUUCAAGCACCAGCGCAAUACCAAGCUUCGCCUCAUCACCAACUCCAUCUCUUGCCAUCUUCUCCUCUCUUCUCCGCCUCCUCUCCCUCUCCAGAGUCCGAAACCCAUCUACGUGGGCGUAGUAGGGUGUGGGAGUUGAACCAGGAGGCUCCGAUCUUGGGCGUAUCUCCAGAUCCACCUUUUUGGGUCGUAUCUUGGGCGAUUUGGAGCAAGCCCCAAAUAGUUUCUUGCAGAAAGGAACCGCUUUUGCGCCGCUCCCGCCUCAGUGCCUUUGCUUGUUGUUCUUGCCUCGGAUCAUUUAUCCAUCUAGGAGAAAGGAGCCACCUUGCAUUUAUUCUUUGGUCCCUUUGGAGAUCGCCUCGUCAAGAUUUGGUGGGAACCCAAUUCGCUGCGAUUCUUUGUGGAAAAGGCGCCGCUUUGGUUCCUGUUUCCCCAUAGCUCCCAACUCUAUAUAUCUCCAUCUCUUGUUCAACUACUUGCCUAACUUUCUUUUACUUCGAUCCACUAAUUGUGCCUUCCCCGUCUCGGCAUUCGAUCGUUUUUUGAUUUGACGCAAGCCAGGUCAAUCUCUGGCCCUUGUUUUCCUGGGAGUUGUUGUGGUCGUUCCUGUUCUUAGUCGAGACAUGGCGGCGGCGAACGGAGGUGCUGGUGCGGCGCUGUUCAGCGAGGAGGAUCUGCGGGAGGUUAGCGGGCUGCGCCGUGGGGAGGACUUCGUGGAGGUGACGUGCGGAUGCACCAGUCACCGCUACGGCGACGCCGUCGGCCGUCUCCGCGUCUACGCCUCCGGCGACCUGGAGAUCAACUGCGAAUGCACGCCCGGCUGCCGCGAAGAUAAGUUGACACCUUCUGCCUUUGAGAAGCACUCUGGAAGGGAGACUGCAGGAAAGUGGAGGAACACUGUUUGGGUAAUGGUCCAGGGAGAAAAGGUUCCAUUGUCAAAGACAGCUCUGCUCAAGUACUACUACUUGGCGCACAAAUCCACCAAUGGUUCUCAUAAAGGUCGCAAUGGACGUCCAUCGCACCGUGAUGAGUUCAUCCGCUGUACAAAAUGUGGCAAGGAGAGGAGAUUCCGGCUCCGGUCCAAAGAAGAGUGCCACAUUUAUCAUGAUGCUCUUGCCAAAGUUAACUGGACAUGUGCAGAUUUGACAACUGAUAGCGUCUCCUGCGAUGACGAGGAGGAGCGAGCGACCCGCAAGGUGGUGAGGGGCUGCUCCCGGGUCACAUCCUGCGCCGGCUGCAUGAAGUGCGUGUGCUUCGGGUGCGAGAUCUGCCGCUUCAAGGACUGCAACUGCCAGACCUGCGUCGAUUUCUACCGCAACUCGAAGGAAUAAGAGGAUCUAACACCAUUCGUUCGCACCAAAAAAAUAUCCUCUUCCGAGGUUGUCAUACUUGGCAAACCAGAGGCUUUAGCUUCUAGUUCACCCAGGUCGAUGCCCCAACAUCAUUGGGGCAGGGCGCUAUUCUGAACGUUUCUCUUUUCCCACGGCUGUGCAUCCGUGGGCUAGCCGGGGAAGCCAGCCAAUUUUUGUUACAUUCAAUUUACCAACAGUUCCGUUCAAUUGCACUUUACAUCGGCGAA